AUGGUCAGCGCGUACGAGGGGGCGAUCGAGCUCCUUGAUCGCAUCGGAUCCAGCGCCCCAAUCAGGUACGAGUUGGCACGCGCGCACUGUACCGUUUGCGGCAACACGGCUGCUGCUAGGGCUUCUUUGGAUCCUAUUCUGGACAGCACAUCGUCUGACAACCGCUACUGGCUCACAGAUGAGGACCUAACAUUUACCCUGGGAUCCGUGGUGGCGCUAGCAAUGGACAUACUCGUCGACGAGUUCCGUUGUACAGCUGAUCCAGUCGCAAAGGCCGCGCUCCUCGAUGAUGCGCGCGGCUUAGCGAACCGCAACCUGGCACACUCCGUUACGCUAUUGACAUCGGACAGGGUCGAUGUGAACGUGGGCGUAGCGCUUAUGGUGCGGCUCAUGGGACCCGCCACAGAGUACCAGCACCUCCUACAGGAAGCCCUCACGACGAGCUUCGAGAUGAUCCCACGCAAUCUGUCAUCGGCCGACGUGUCGUGGAAUCUGUUUUCGCUCGCUCACAUUAUCUUCUUAUGGAUGGAUUCGAUAGAGAAGCCCGAAUCCUAA